AUGAUUAUGUUGUCCGUCGCCACGUUACACUGCCUCGAUAUUCUUCGCCGAAGCUCAUGUGCACUGUGGACAGUGGAGUGUUGGGCUAAAAUCUGGAUUUACCCUACGGAGCCCUAUGUUGACUUCAACACUCAGCACCCGUGCAACAACUUUGAAGCCAUUCGUCGCUGGGCCGAAGAGAACAAGCUGCCUCAGGACCUCCCAGCGGACUUUCUGCAGCUACCGAAUCUAUAG